CAACCACAACAUCAACAUCAACAACAACAACUACAACAUCAACAACUACAACCACAACAACAACUACUACAACAACAACUACUACAACCACAACAACAUCAACAUCAACUACAACUACAACAACAACAAGUACUACUGCUUAUAAAAAUGGCUGUAACGCACUAAAUACUACUGGUUUGGUUGCCUGUUAUUCAUUCGAUUUUGGUUCUACAUUUGACAAUGGUCCAAAUCAUCUUAAUGGAACUCUAGUUGGCAAUGUGACUACUGUUAGUGGCCACCUUAAUCAAGCUUUGUUGUUUAAUUCAAAUGCUUCAUAUUUCUAUACUGGUGGUCUAGUUGCUUUAGGAACAUCUAAUCAAGCUUUUUCUUUCUCAUUCUGGAUGAAACCUAUAUCAGUCACUGGUGGUACUAUCGUUCAUAUAUCGGUUGGACCAAAUGGUUACAGUAACGGGGCAACAAUUUGGUGUGUAGCAUUUAUCGGAUUUAACUCUAGUGGUAAACUUAUUGCUCAAGUCUAUAACUCUGCUCCAGUUGCUGUUACCGGACCCAUUAUUAAUUUGAACGUAUGGACACAUGUAGUAGAAACAUACAGCACUACAAACGGAGUGACUUUAUACAUUAACGGAACAUUGUUUGGAUCAACAGGUGCCACAAGUUAUACAGCUAGUGGUUAUACAGAUUAUAUACACCUUGCUUAUUAUGGAACGCAAGGGAGUCCAUGCGCGGCUGGUAACAUUAAUCCAGGACAGUUUAUGGGAGCUAUUGAUGAGUUUAGAGUUUAUAGUCGUGAGCUUACUUCAUUGGAUGUCAGUGCACUUGCAAAUCAAUAA